CUUUUGGCUGAUGUGUGCAGUCGGUUCAAGCAGUUCAAAGAUCGGCCUCCAUUGAUUCCAAGAAGAUGCCCAAGCAGAUCACUGAGAUUCGCCAGUUCUUGCAGAUCGCUCGUCGCAAGGACGCCCGAUCGGUCAAGAUCAAGAAGAACGGAACCCAGACCAAGUUCAAGAUCAGGUGCAGCAGGUACCUUUACACUCUGAUUAUGCCGGACAAGGGCAAAGCUGAGAAGCUGAAACAAUCUUUGCCUCCAUCCUUGCAGAAGAAGGAGAUCUGAGAUCCAAGAGACAUCGGACAGCUGAUCGACUGCUGAAAAAAGGUCGCGUUGGAAUCCAUGCUGCCACGCCGAAGCUUUUCCCACUGGGUUCGAUAUCCACUGGGUCUGAUUUCGCUGCAACGGGUCCGUGCAUGUUUCUCCGCACGACGAUGAAGCCCGAAAAAAGGAUUAGAGGACAAAGGCUUCAGGUGGAGGAUCAAGGGCAAGCUAGGCAAUCCAACAUCAUCCAGUCCUGUGUGAAAGGACGGAGCCAAGCCGCCUUCAAAGGAGUAUGUGGUCAAACGAACGAACCCGUUGGCCUGUGACCUAUAGGCCCUAUAGGCCCCAGGGUUGGAUAGUGCUCAUCGCCAAAGCCCCACUGAUGCAGCACAAGGCAAGCCUGGCAUCCUGGCAUCAGGAUGUGUUCCAUCUCCGCAUGGCAUGUGCGUUGGCCGAUGCUGGACAUGGUCCGCCCACAGUGGAGGAUGCUCCACAAGCAGCCCGCUUUCACGGCGCCGCUUUCACGGCCUUCUUCAGCUCCAUUGGCCAAGCCGCCCGGGUGGCGCCCGGAGGAACCGCGCGUCGACCCGGCGCUGCCUGGGUGGCGCCCGCAACCGCGGCCGCAGUCUGCGCCGCUGCGGCGCAGCGCCUCGCAGCCCGGUCCCUGCACUCCGGUCUUAGCUGCUUUGCCCCAGAAGGAGAAGCCGAAGAUCACCAGACCAGCAAGUGCGGGUGUUGGUGUUCGCCAGAAGGCUUCGAACCGAGCAGCGCUGAAGCGCCCAAGCUCCCGAGAGAAGCCAGAUGAAAAGCAUCGGGCCAGUGUUGCAGCUAGCGAGCUUGGUGGUGUUGAUAUCACCUCGGCAGUGGCCGACGUGCAGGCGCUGUGUGAGAAGUGCCGCAAGCUCGCGACGGUGGCAGACUCCCAGUGUGGGAAAAAAUCGGUCACAGCCGACUCUGGCCACCACAAGGAGCGCAGAAGGAGAACGCGACAAGGAGCAGGAACAAAAGACCGCAAGGCACUCAAGAAGCAACCUGAAGCUCCCAGCAUUUUCAAGUGCGAAGAGUCAAACUCACCGCGGUGGAGCUUCACGGUGAUGAACGCUCUGCGGAACGGCAGCGGCGGUCGAAGUGAGAUGGAACGCUUCCACUGCAGGGUCAAGGAAGUGGACCAGCAGAUCAAGGUGUUGGAAGACUCAGGGAUUGAUUUGGAGCCUGAUUUGGAUGAUCUGCAAGAGUUGCAGCCGACCGUCGUCCGACGGAAGGAGAGCAUUAGCAUGAUGCGCCGCUGGAGCCGCUCCGUCACCCCGGACGACCGGGAGAUGGAGCUGAUGCCGCGACAAGGAAGCCGUCGCACAGCCUUUCCAAUGGAUGCCCGGGAUUUGUCAAGACAAGGAAGCCGCCGUACUGCGAUGCCAGCAAAUUUCGAGCUUGGUCGCAGUGACUCGAAAGUGUCUAUUCUCUCCUCGGAAGUCCGUUCGACACGGAACGCCGUGAUGGAAGAGCUUGAUGGACUGCUCGAUCACUUGAACAAAGAUCCUAUUGAAGAAGGGUUCUCUCAAGCGGAGGUGUCUCGCCUCAAGUGCGGAUUCAGGCGAUUUAUGAUACCGGGAACCAUCGAUGUGCACAAAGAGGAUAUUUUUGAACUGCUGACAUUCCUGGGCUGCGUCUUCUUGGACCCAGUCGAAGUUCGCUCACUGAUUGACUCAGCGACACGGUAUGACCAUAUUGGCUUCGAAGACUUUGAGGACUUCAUGGGCAAAUACACCAAAUAUUGUCAGCGUCAGUACCGAGUGAUUUUUGAUCAAUUUGAUGAAGACGAGUCAGGGAGCAUCUCUAUGGAGGAGCUGCGGCAAAUGACCCACUAUCUUGGCUUCAUGCCAACUCGAUUGAUGGUGGAGGAAGCCACUCAAGUGGUGUCUCCAUCUAGGAGAGCUUUAUCGUUUGACGAGCUGGUCCAGUUCUUGAUGAUCUAUCGACGGCGUGAAGGCUUUUGCAGACAAGAGGUGGAAAAACUGCGCGAGGUCCACAAGGAGCACAGUGACGGUGACCCACUGGUAAUGCCGGCCUCCAGACUCAGUGCUGGGUUGAUCCAAGCAUUUGGUCGGCAGGUCCAGCAGAUCUCGCAAGAGUUGCAGGAACAGCUUGUCUCAGGCAAAUUCCUACGAUCCUCCCAAGUUUCUCCUAUCCCAGAUCCAGACUUUGAACCAGAGAGGCUGUCUUUCGCGGAGUUCUUGAUUAUGUGUCGGAAUUGCCGAGAAGCGCUGCACCGGAAGCUUGAUUCUUUGUGGCCACCCAGCAUUGCCAACAAGAAGUCCGGUAUGAACGAACGCGAUGUCCCAGGGCUAGCGAUCAAAUGCAACCCACAUGGUCAAGGCACGAUCACUGACCAGCAGAUCAGAACUGUGCUGAGAGGACUGGGCUACAUGCCUUUGACCAAAGCCAUGCUGGAUAUCUACGUCGACGUCAUUGGAAGUCCCAUCCCCAGUGAUUUGGAUUAUGACGAGUUCUUUGAUUUCGUUUGGAGGUUCAGGAUGAACUGUGGAUUUUCGAAGGAAGAGCUGGAGGACAUGAUUGAACUGUACGAAAUCAGUGAUGAAGAUGGUUCGGGUGAGAUUUGCACUUUGGAGCUGUCUACUAUCUUCCGAUCCCUCGGUUACAGGGCCAAUAUGGAACAGCUCACUGGUUUCAUCAUGGAGGUUGAUCAUGAUAAGAGCGGCUUCUUGGGCUUUUCUGAAUUCAUGACCUUGAUGGGCGACUUCCGAACGAUGGAGCUCAAAAAGAUCAACAAGGUCUUCGAAGAAUAUGCGGUUGGUGGAUACCUUCAAGGUGGAGUCAUCACGGAUGCGUGCAAGAACUUGGGCAGACACCUCAUAGACAGGGAACAUAUGCCGGAAGAUGACGAUGAAUUUGACUUGGAAGAUUUUGUGGACUGGGUCGAUGAGUGCAGGCAUGAAGCAAUGAUGAAGGAGCGGAAGCUUGCCGGCUUCGGAUAUUGGAAGGUGGAGUGCUUUCGGGAGUCGUUUAAGGAGUUCGACCGAAAUGGGAACGAUGCUUUGGAACCAGACGAGUUGAUGAAGCUUCUGAGAUACAUGAACAUUUCAGAGGCACCGAAGAACAAAUCUGAGCAACAGAAGCUCGUCAAACUAGUGGAGACUGCUCGCAAGAAUGCCUUUGAAGCUGGCAUUCGAGAGGUGCACCAGGAACACGGGAACAGCGUCUCCUUUUGGACCUUUGUGCAAUUGCUACGAUUGUUGCAGACACAGAAGGAGAAGCGUGAGAUGACCCGGCUCGACGUGGUCAUGGAAACACUCCAAUUCUCCAAGUUCGAGGUGGAGCAGUUCCGGCUGAUCUUCUCUCACUGGGCGAGGUACCAUCCGAAUACCGGUCUAUCGGACCGAGAGAUUGACACAGAGGUCGACACUCUCACAGAGGAGCAGGUUUGCAGAAUCUUCCGCUCGGCGGGCGUAUCUCUUGUCGGAGGGCACAUGGGCGAAUUGCGAGUUGGCUUGGAACCUCUUCAGACUGACCGCAGAUUGACCUUUGAGAACUUCCUGAGAUUGAUGCGCUGGGUGGUCGACACCAACUUCGCCGGCCUUGGUGAGCCCGUUUCAAAGUGAAGUCCAAGAGGCUUGCGUAGCUCGGCUAUUCAAUUUAGGUUAGGCGUAGCUCGGGGAGAAUAGCUCCUCCAGGCCAGCUUGUUUCAAGUUGGCAGUUAACGAGCCAGGUUGACUGCAAAGGUUUCAGCCAGCAUAUUUUGCUGUUUCACUUAGUCUCGGAGAUUGGAUUGUUUGGGCCACGUUGCUAAGCAACAAGGAAUGAUAAGGAAGGCUAAUUUGCCGGCUCACGUGCUUCACGAGCCAGCCCUAGUUGGAUUCAGCACAGCUUGCAAGCAGCAGGGGGUUC